AUGGAAUACAAGCUUUCAACUCGUCGAAAGCUAAACGAGUUCAACGAUGUAUCCAUACCAGAGAGCAGCACGCUCAGUUCAUUGAAUGCCAGGCGCAUGGCGGUCGCCAGGCUGAUGCUUGGCCGCGUGGGUAAGAAUGCCAAUAUCGAGCAGGCUUUUUUCGUGACAUGGGGUUGUAACACAUUUAUUGGUGACGAUGUCUACAUAAACCGCGACGUGUCAAUCUAUGAUGAUUCACUCGUUGAAAUUGGCGAUCGCGUUCUGAUUGGGCCAGGAGUUUGUAUCUGUACAGGCACGCAUGCGAUCGACGCCAAGUCACGACAAGAGUGCGAGGGUACAUCGUCUGCACAACCAAUCAUCAUCGAAGCAGACUGUUGGAUUGGUGCACGUGCUACCAUUCUCCCUGGCGUGCGUAUCGGAAGGGGCACCACCAUCGCCGCUGGAGCCGUGGUGACGAGGGAUUCUGAUUCAGGGUGUCUUGCGGGCGGAGUGCCUGCCAAAGUCAUCCGCAGACUGGAAUAA